AUGCGCGAGGAUGCUGGUGGAGGCGUGAGGAGGAGACGGGCUGGUGAAUACGGUGGGAUCGUUUCAGGGCACCCGAUCAAAUGCCAACGGACGUCACUGCGAAGACGACGAAGAGGGCGCGUGUGGCGGCUUGAGGCGCACGCCGCCCUCCAGCUCCAUCGCCACGCGCCACCGCGCCUCCCGCGGGCCCCGCGCGCCGCCCGCCUCCGCCUCCACCUCCAGCCGCGCCAGCACCGCCAUCAGCGCCAGCUUGGCGUACUGCAGCACCAGCUCCCGACCUGCGCACCGGUCAACACACGCAAUGAUGGAGGGCCUUGGGGAAGGGGGGGGGUUGUUGCUAACCCGACACCACGAAAUGAGCUGAGGGUGGAAACCGUUUCGGGACCGCCGCAACUGUCGUGCUUCGGCGCGAGCGUGGUGCGCGUCGCUGCCAGGCGAAGGCAGGAAGGGGCGUGGGUCGCGAAAGCGCUCGGCGGGAAGGCGUCGGGGCGGCCACCGGCACCAGAGCGGGUCGCGCGCCCCACGCCACCUCCGCGCCGGCGCGGCGCCCUAGCGCGGCAGGCGCCCCGCCCCGCGGGGGCGGCGCGGCAGGCCCGGCGUCACCAGCUGGGCACGGCGGGUGCACCGCGCGCAGCGUCUCUGACACCAGCGGCACUGCAACACAAGCGUGCUGCAACCUCGCGCCGCGCCGGGACUGUGCUUCCGGUUUAUUUAAUAGAGCUCUUUGACGUUUGGUGGGAACUUGCGGCGUCAUCCAAGCUCCAUUGGGGACCUGUCACGACUCGGGGCGCUUCAGGAGAAAGAGAAAGAGCGAGAGAGAGCGGCCGUACCUGCGAGGAGACGCGUGAGGUAGGGCGGGCAGUCCGGCGUUGCGCGGCGUUCGCGUCGCGUCGCGGGCGUCGGCCCAGGGCGACGGCUGCAUUCGCGCACCGCCAGGCCGGGGCCGCGCCUCGCGCCUGGCGACAGCUGCGCGCCCGCCUCCGCCGCCGCCGCGCGCGCCCCCUGCCCGCAAGGUCAGCGCAUGCCCCGCCGCACACGUAUAGUACAUAG